CGGAAGCGGCGCGGCCUCCCCGGCCAUGGGCUGGGUGCGGGCGGCCGGGCAGCGGCUGCUGCGGCGGCGGGCGCGGGGCGCCGAGGUGCUGCGGGAGACCUGCCGGCAGUACCCGCUCUUCUGCUGCCUCCUCCUGGGGCUGGCCGCCGCCACCCUCCUCCUCAACCGGUAUCUCCACGUUUUAAUGAUCUUCUGGUCGUUUGUGGCUGGUGUCGUCACCUUCUACUGUUCGCUAGGACCGGACUCCCUCUUGCCCAAUAUUCUUUUUACAAUAAAAUACAAACCCAAGCAAUUAGAAUUGCCGGAGCUAUUCCCUCAUGGUCACAGUUGUGCUGUAUGUGGAAAGGUCAAAUGCAAGAGGCACAGACCUACUUUGCUUCUGGAAAACUAUCAGCCAUGGCUGGAUCUGAAAGUGCCUUCCAAGGUCGAUGCAUCACUCUCGGAGGUACUUGAGCUGGUGCUAGAAAACUUUAUUUAUCCAUGGUACAGAAAUAUUACUGAUGAUGAAUCCUCAGUGGAUGAACUGAGAGGCACGCUGCGGUUUUUUGCGUCUGUAUUAGUUCGGAGAAUUCACAAGGUGGAUAUUCCAACGGUUGUAACAAAGAAAAUGCUCAAGGCAGCAAUGAAACACAUUGAAGUGAUAGCCAAGGCCAGGCAGAAAGUAAAAAAUGCAGAAUUUUUACAGCAAGCUGCUUUAGAGGAAUACGGACCAGAACUCCAUGUUGCUUUGAGAAGCCGAAGAGAUGAACUUCACUACUUAAGAAAACUUACUGAACUUCUCUUUCCUUAUAUUUUGCCCCCAAAGUCAACAGAGUGCAGAUCCCUGGCUCUUCUGAUAAGAGAGAUUCUGCCUGGUUCUGUUUUCCUUCCCUCAAUGGAUUUCUUAGCUGAUCCUGACACUGUCAACCAUUUGCUGCUGAUCUUCAUUGAUGAUAGUCCACCUGAGAAAGCCACUGAGCCUACUUCUUCAUUGGUUCCAUUCCUUCAGAAAUUUGCAGAACCAAGAAAUAAAAAGCUGUCUGUCCUGAAACUGGAGCUGAAGGAGAUCAGAGAUCAGCAAGACCUUUUAUUUCGGUUUAUGAACUUCCUGAAACAGGAAGGGGCAGUCCAUGUGCUGCAGUUCUGCCUGACUGUAGAAGAAUUUAAUGACCGAAUUUUGCGACCAGAACUAACAGAUACGGAAAAGAUGUCUCUUCAUGAGGAAGUACAGAAAAUUUACAAAACUUAUUGCUUGGAUGAAAGCAUUGACAAAAUUAGAUUUGACCCUUUUAUUGUGGAAGAGAUUCAAAGAAUUGCUGAAGGUCCUUAUAUGGAUGUUGUGAAACUUCAAACUAUGAGGUGUCUUUUUGAAGCUUAUGAGCAUGUACUCUCUCUCCUUGAGAACGUUUUUACUCCGAUGUUCUGUCACAGUGAUGAGUACUUCAGACACCUUUUAAGAGGAGCAGAGUCACCAACACGCAAUUCAAAGUUUAACAGAAGUAGCCUGAGUUUGGAUGACUUCCGGACCACACAGAAGAGAGGAGAAUCAUUUGGAAUCAGCAGAAUAGGCAACAAAAUAAAAGGUGUAUUCAAAAGUUCUGCAAUGGAAGGAGCUAUGUUGCCUAACUAUAACUUAAAUGAAGGAGAAGAUGACUUUAUUGAAGAAGGCGUUAUGGUGAUGGAAGAUGAUUCUCCUGAGGAGGCUGUUAGUACCCCAAAUACACCCCGCAACCUUGCCGCAUGGAAAAUUAGCAUCCCAUAUGUAGAUUUUUUUGAUGAUCCAUCCCUGGAAAGAAAAGACAGAAAGGAGAGAAUUCCGGUGUUCUGCAUUGAUGUAGAGAGAAAUGAUAGAAGGGCAGUCGGACAUGAACCUGAGCACUGGUCUGUCUACAGGAGGUAUCUUGAAUUUUAUGUGCUUGAGUCGAAGCUAACGGAAUUUCAUGGUACAUUUCCUGAUGCUCAGCUUCCCUCAAAGAGGAUCAUUGGCCCCAAGAACUACGAGUUCUUAAAAUCCAAGAGAGAGGAGUUUCAGGAAUAUCUGCAGAAACUUCUGCAACAUCCAGAACUAAGUAACAGCCAGCUUUUAGCUGACUUCCUGUCCCCUAAUGGAGGAGAGACUCAGUUUCUUGAUAAAAUGUUGCCUGAUGUGAAUCUUGGUAAAAUUAUAAAAUCUGUUCCAGGAAAGCUGAUGAAGGAGAAAGGUCAGCAUUUGGAGCCAUUCAUCAUGAAUUUUAUCAACUCCUGUGAAUCUCCCAAGCCUAAACCAAGUAGGCCUGAACUUACCAUCUUGAGUCCCACUUCUGAAAACAACAAGAAGCUUUUCAAUGAUUUAUUCAAGAAUAAUGCAAACCGGUCUGAGAAUACAGAAAGAAGACAAAAUCAGAACUACUUCAUGGAAAUGAUGACUGUAGAAGGAGUCUAUGACUACUUACUGUAUGUUGGUAGGGUAGUUUUCCGCAUUCCUGACUGGCUGCAUCAUCUCUUGAUGGGAGGAAGAAUUCUCUUCAAAAAUACAUUGGAACUGUACACAGACUAUUACUUGCAUUAUAAGUUAGAACAGCUAUUUCAGGAGCACCGGCUGGUUUCUCUGAUAACACUGCUGCGAGAUGCUGUAUUCUGCGAGAAUACUGAACCUCGCUCUCUCCAGGAUAAACAGAAGAGAGCAAAGCAGACUUUUGAAGAAAUGAUGAGAUACAUUCCAGAUUUAAUAGGCAAGUGCAUUGGGGAAGAGGCUAAAUAUGAAGGCAUCAGGCUUCUGUUUGAUGGAGUGCAGCAACCCGUGCUCAACAAACAGUUAACUUAUGUUCUGCUGGACAUUGGGAUUCAAGAACUCUUUCCAGAGCUGAGUAAGGGUCCGAAGGAAGCUAGCUCUGUAUCGUGUUGGAUGUGAAUGCAGGGACCUUGCUGGACAUCCUGGAGAAACAUCUGGUGUGCAUUACUGUAAUGGACAUGUGACAUUUUAACUUCGCAUUGUAUAUUUUCUUGUAAAUAACAUAAAAUUUAAGUUCUAAAAAAAUCUCUUCAUGCAAUAAAGACAUUAAAAUUUAAUACCAACUACAAGUAAAUAAUAUAUCUACGCUUUUUAUUUGAAAUUUAUUUUAGCUGUUAUCAGUAAAAGUCAAAUUAAUUUCCCCAAAAUUGCUGCGUGUGAAAUUACAGGGUGACAUAAGACGGCUGGGAGAUCAGCCAUUGCAAGCUUUGCUAAAAGAGCAAUUACUCUUGUCUUCUUCAAAGGUUAUGUAGAAAAAUUGUUUGGAAGAAGUUGUCGAAUGCUCCUAUGAAGUUAUUUUGAACUGUCUUAACAAAUCUCACUAAUUUUUUAAAAACAAAAUUACAUGAUUGAAUCUACUGCAUACAAAUCAUCUCAGACCUGUCUUUGGCCUUCGUGCUUUCCAUGAGCAUGGAAAAUCAUGUGUAUAAUUUAGUUUAUUUAAUAUCUGACCUUCAAAUCUAAAGCGGUCUUAAAAUGAGCGUGAAAAGUGGUUUUGACUUUUACCGUAGCCUUUCUUUUUCUGCAGUUUAUCUGGGUUUGUUGGGUUUUUUCUGACAUCCUCUUAACAGGCUCAGACAAGAGGAUGUGAGUCUGUUCAUGGCAUUUCCUAAAAUCAUUGGUGUAUAAAAAUGUGUGGAAGAUUUUUCCUGUACAUCUUAAUUUGCUGGCCCAGCCUUUAUAAAAGACUUUGAAAAGGA